GUCAUCAAAGCGCGACGUUUUCAUGUUCCUGGCACGUGCGGAGGAACGUCUUAACAUGCUCAAGUAAUAUUUUUGUGUUUUUUUUGUUUGUUUGUUUUCCUUUGGAAAGCUUAAACGCCUUGUCGGAUUGAUUUGACCAUUAAUUUCAGGUGAGUAAGCAGCAUGGCACAGCACUGGGCUGGAGGCCACACCACGCCGGUGCUGUGUAUCGGAGCUGCCACAGACGGACUUCUUGCCUCGGGCGCUGAAGGAGGCGAGGUGACUGUGUGGACUCAGGAAGGCACCCCUCUCUCACAGCUGCGUCUGACCUCCCAGGACGACGUCACGUCUGUGGUUUUCUCCGGCACGGCGCCGGGGCUGUUGUACGUGUCUCACGGUGAGACGGUAAGCGUCCUGGACCCACGCAGUCUCAAGAAGCCUGCGGAGGAACUCAAGGACGUCGGUGAGGAUGAGAUUAACUCGCUGUCGGUGAGCGAAACGGGCGCAUCGCUGGCACUGGCUGACGAUUCAGGGGCUGUAAGGGUGGUGGAUUUGCAGACGGGAAAAGUGAGCCGGACGCUGCGCAAGCACACAAACAUCUGUUCGUCCGUGGCGUUCCGACCCCAGCGUCCACAGAGCCUCGUGUCUGCAGGGCUGGACAUGCAGUUGAUGAUGUGGAACCUGCAGAAAGCUCGUCCCGUAUGGACCUACAGCCUCCAGGAGGCGCUGGAGGAGGAUGAGGAGGGGGAGGGGGCGGCAUCCCAGCAACGAUCAGGUCAGCUGUUCAACCCGCCUCUGGCUCACUGCGUCAGUGUCGCGUCGUGCGGAAACAUCUUGGCGUGCGCCGCAGAGGACGGGCGCGUGCACCUGGCACGCGUGGGUUCUGGCUCCAGACUCGAGCAGCAGGGGGCGAUAAAGGCUCACAGUCAGGGCGCAUCUCAAGCCCACUUCCUCAGCUUCAUGCCUCAUCCUUACUGGCUGGCCAGCGGAGGCAAUGAUGGAGUAGUGGCAUUAUGGGAUAUAAGCGAGGAGCCUGUAGUCGCAGGAGAGGUCAAGAUCAAGGUCAAGCGCAGGAAGCCCAAAAGCAGGAAGUCGAAGCCUGCCGAGGAGGGAAAAGAAGAACUUUCUGAUGAGGCCAGGAGUGCCGAUGCAAGUCAGACAAAGACGGCAUUAAAACUGAAGCUCAGUCACGAGGACAAGGUGAACUGGCUGUGUCCGGCGCUCCUUAAAGGUCAACCUAGUAUACUGGUGGCGGAUCAGAGCGCCAGUUUAUCGGUGUACGCUCUUUCUGGGCUUUAAUAGCGUUUCUCAGACAGUGCGACGACUGUAUUAUUUAUUUGCCUCGUAGGUUACAAACAAAGGGUGCUUAUAAAACACACAUGUCCGACUAAACUGAAUCAGCCUGAAGUGAUGCUUUCUUCAUACAACUUUGUACUUAACAUGACAUGACAUGCCAGAUCGCUAAUCAUUAUAAGACUGUGCUAAUUUAUUUUUCAGACACAGGAUUAGUGUAGUUGUAUCGAGACAACUGCGCAAUCUUGCGAAACAAUGAUCAGUGAGACAAUGAUGAAAUAAAGCCAAGUGUACAGGAGCCUGAAAAAACACUCCCUGUUUAAUGUGUAAUGUGGAAAUAGGAUAUAAGUAUAAUAAUAAUAAUAAUAAUAAUAAUGCAUACACAGCUAUGGCUGUAAUGUGACAUCAUGACAUGAUGCAUCGCAAUGCAAAACUGUGAAAUAGAUGAUAGAAGUGUGCAAGUCCUGUUGUGUAAUCAGUAAGAAUUGGAAUCAUCAGGGACUACCCAAAACAUUAUCACCACAAUACCUAGGUGCCGAUUCAAUUGCAAUUUUCUCAUAAUCACAAGUUUAUAAAAAUUCCAGAUUGAGUGGAUUUUUUUUUUUCGCAAUUCUAAACAAACUUGUCAAAUGAUUUGCUCCUUCCACACACACACUUGCUGCCAGUGUGUGAAUAGUUUAGAGUCCACCACCUGUAGAUUUCUAGACGAACUGCGACACAAAUGCAAUAGAUGUACAGGUAGUUCCCCGCUUACAAACAUUCAAGUUAGGAAUUUCCACAGAUAGGAACGGAUUUACUUCUGGAAGUAAAAUAGACACUGCUGUGUAGCAGAUACCAAUAUUUACAAAUAUGUACAAUAUUUUCAGUGUCUAAGUGGAUAAUUGUAUAAAAUGUCUAAAUCCCAGUAUAUUGUAUGUGUGAGAGCAUGUGGAGGUGCGGGAGAAAUAAGUCGGCCUCAUCGGAAGUACGAUGAUGGCUGUCCUGAUGGUGAAUAAUCCUAAUUUCAGAAAAUCCUCAACAAAACAGAGUUUACAGUCCAACACAGUGGAAAACAGCUCUGUGAGGAAAAAAUGUGCUCAGGAUUUCCCUCGCGAUUUAAAGGCGUAGAAACGACACACUAUUACAUUUGACAUGUAUUUCCUUAGGCACAGUUACAGUACAAGUGCUAUAUAUUCAUAAAUCUGGGAAUACUGUACCUGUAAAAAUUCAAAUACAAUUAAAAAAAUUGUCGCUUUGGCAAUACACGAAUUGUCACACAAUAGCAUCACAAUUGGUAACUGAAUAUCUAGUAUCUGUAUCUCUAGUAAUCAGUACUGUUUAUACACCAAUGCUUCUGAUCUGCACAUGGCACAGUGUUAAAAUAUAUAAAGCUUAAAGUGCUAUGAAUCAUAGAUAGAUAGACUGUCGAAUCGAUUUCAUUUUUGAACAUAGUCAAUUUCUGUCGAUUCAGUUCAGUAGUGCUAAUGUUUACUGUGUGAUUUGUUUGAGCAGCUAUAUUUCUUAAAAGUUUUAAAGUCUAAUAAACACUCAAAUGCAGUGUAACUUGUGGAUUGUUUACAGUAAAUGUCAUGUCUUCUCCUCUACACUCCAGUCCUGUAGGUGGUGGUAUUGCACCAACCAUUCAUGAACUUAAAAGAAUAAGAAAGUAUGAAUAUUGGCAGAAGAUGCAAUUAGUUAGUUUUUUUUCCUGUAAAAUCAGCAGUGUGAAUUAAUUCUAAAUUGAAAACUGAUCCAUAAAAUGUAGCUUGAAUUGGGUUUUUGUUUUUUGUUUUCCUGCAAAAUGUGCACGCUACAAGCAUCACCAAAUGUUUAAAAUCAGCAUUUUAGCCCGCUUGGAGUUUUUUUUUCGCCUACAAACCUAAGUCUUUCAGUUCCCAGGUCAGGUACCUGGUGCAAUCCAAACUUUUAUGAGAGAUUACAAAUGUAUUUACUCACAUAUGGGACAAAAUUAACCUAUAGUUUAGUCUGCUUGCUGUGUUUUUGUUUUAAGUUUCAGGCAGACAGAAUGAACAUUAUUUAUGGUUCAGAAAUAAAGGAGUCUUUUCCAUUACAAA